CUGUUUUUAUUUCAGAUGGAUCUACUUAUACUACGGCUGAUUAUUUCUGCAUUUUCAACAUUUUCACUUGCUGAAGCUACGAAAAGCAAUAAUGUCACAUUGUACACACAAGAGUUGCUGUCAGUUACAAUGCCAAUUUGUAAUGACAAGGUUGGGUUAAGUUGUCCAUCCAGUAAGACUGAUAGGGACAAUAGGAUGUUCUUCUGCAGAUUUCGCUGUCCACAAGGCACACUGUAUCAUUGUAAAGAAGAUACAUAUCAUGGGAUUAUAGAAUUUUGUGCCAAGCCAGAAAUUUGUGAUAAAGGGCAAAUGUACAGUGUGUACUUUGAUUCAGAGCACCAGAGGGUUGUGAUUCAGAAAAGUACAUGUCCUGAGGGUUUGUUCCAACCAUUUGAAGAGGAUUGUUACAUUGCCUGUACCCAGUAUCAUCAUGUUGACGAGUCGUUCCUACAAGACCUUGGUAUAGUGGUGCUAUAUCAUGGAAAUGCUACACACCCUGGUGUAGGAUACUGUGAUGUAGAUAAUGGAUAUGUGAACAUAGAUUAUAAUAUGUAUAUAAAUCUAACUCAGUUUGAAGUGUCAGUCUGUGAUAAAAAAGAAAAUUUUCAGAUCAAAUGUGAUACGGGUCAGCGCCUUCUUCCAGAUUCUCGAUGUGUUCCUGUAUGUGAGCAAGGAUAUGUAGUGAACAAAAAGGAUUUUUUCAAAUGCUCAUUGCAUUCCAGCACUGACACUGUGUAAGUAAAUAAAAAAAAAGAAAUAACAUAAGUUAUAUGUGUAUCUUAAGACACAAAACAGCAUAAGCACAGAAUUAGUUGAGCCGCACCAUGGGAAAACCAACAUAGUGGCUUUGCGGCCAGUAUGGAUUCAGACCAGCCUGUGCACUCGCGCAGUCUGGUCAGGAUCCAUGCUGUUUGCUUGUAAAACUAUGCAAUAAGAG